AUGCAGCAAAUUCAAAAGGGCUGCGAUCUGCCGCUGGCUGACCGGGCGCACGCUACAGACACCACAUUUGAGCUCGAUAUGCCCCGAGAAAUGCCGGCUGCCGGCCAUUCAAGUCUCCUCAACCUGCCAUACGAUAUCAGAAUGCACAUCUGGCUAUACAUCUUACGGCCGGGCUAUGUCAGACACUGGUGCGAUAUGGAUACUGACGAGGUCUGCCAGCACAAGCAGCACGAGUCCCAACCAAGCUUCUUGGGAUGCACCAAUCUGCUUCAGACGUGCUCCAGGGUCUAUCAUGAAGGUAUCGAACUGCUCCACUGGAAACUAGCAACGAUCGAGCUUGACGGCAGAUACAAUCGCUUGCUUCGCGAUCCCCUGGAGUUUGGGAAGCCCGGUUACUUUCAAUCCAUGAAGGCGACUACAAAGUGGUACCUUCCUAGGACCUACGAUGCUCUGGAGAUCAUCCGCAUGCGCAGAAUUCAGCUUGACAUCGUCCUUCCUGCAAUUCGGGCUGGCCAACCCCCCGACUCAAUGGGACACCGGUUGUCCCUAGCCCCGGUCAUGAAAAACCUCAAAGAAGUUUCGCAGGCUCUAGCAAAGAGCGACAGUCUGAGGUUCGUGCGCAUCACAAUACGUCGACUGCCUGUGGACAUGAUGUGGGGCGGCACGGAAGAUGAGACUCACAUCGGGGCAGAUGCGACCGACACUCAGCACGACGUUUCGCCACAGGCCGAGCACCCGGACACGCUUGCGGCGUUGAAGGGCAUUAUUGACGCUGCCGCCAAGAUUGGCUCCUUUCUCGAGGUCAAGGCUGAUGAGAUUUUGCCAGACUCUGACAUACCAGCUGAGCAACUAGCCUCGGACCUCCUGCGCACUGCACAAGAUGCAGGUGUCGAAGCUAAGUUCACACCUAAACCGCUUCCAGAUCUACCCACCCCAUCCGGUGGAAUGCCUGGUAGUGAUUGGGACCAUGCUGUCCCAUUUGCUGACACCACCGACGACGACCUGGCCAGCAACUUCAACAGUUUGGACCUCAUUGAGGACCAACUUUUGACUGGAUACGGCCCACCCAGUCUAGGAGAGCCCGCCCCAGCGGAUCACAAGGAAGACUGCGGCCCCCUCACCUACACCCCCAAGCGGCGCUACGAGUUGGUGCCCGAGUGCCGCUUGUGCUACGCGCUCUUCGCCAGUUGGGCCGGCCUGGCGUCGCACCUCGACCAGAAGCCCGAGCACCGCCGCCCAUUCCGCACCAAGACCUUCAACCAGCUCGACCGUUACGCGUUCCACGGCUUGGGCACCCGACGAUGUCCCACGUGCGCGCGAAACUUCGAGACGCUCGAUGGACUGACGAAGCAUCAGAAGAGGUUGCGGCACGGGCGCAUGGGUAUCAUCCCGAAAUACCGGGAGGACAAUGCGCGCUGGCAUCGGAGGUGGAAGAAGCAUCAUGAUCGGCAUGGCUGGGCUUGA